AUGAAACUCGAUGCCACAGACCUCCGAUAUGUCACUUCUGACGAGUUCAGAGUGCUUACGGCCGUUGAAAUGGGGUCGAAGAACCACGAGACCGUCCCGACAGUGCUGAUCGUGAAGAUAUCUGGUUUGCGGAACGGGGGCGUUAACAAAAUCCUUGGCUCUCUCGCCAAGAGAAAUCUUGUUUCGAGGAUACAGAACGCUAAAUACGAUGGGUAUCGCCUCACCUACGGCGGAUAUGAUUAUCUAGCUAUGCGUGCAAUGUCUAAGCGCGACACCGUGUACUCCAUUGGGAACCAGAUCGGUGUCGGCAAGGAAUCUGAUAUAUACAUUGUCGCCGACAAGGACGGCAACGAGCUAGUCCUCAAACUUCAUAGACUGGGCCGUAUUUCCUUCCGAGCGAUUAAGGCAAAAAGAGAUUACAUGGGUAAACGGAAAUCGGCGUCUUGGAUGUACAUGUCCCGUCUCGCCGCGGAGAAGGAGUACGCCUUCAUGAAGGUCCUGUACGAGCACAAUUUCCCAGUCCCAAGACCUGUCGACCAAGCAAGACACUGCAUCCUCAUGGAGUUCAUCGACGCAUAUCCCUUACGUCAAAUAGCGGACGUCCCGUCCCCGGGUGCGCUCUACUCAAAGCUGAUGGACAUGAUCGUCCGCUUCGCCCGCGCCGGGCUCAUCCACGGCGACUUCAACGAGUUCAACAUCCUCAUCCGGCGCGCCUCGGGCGAGCCCGUCGUCAUCGACUUCCCGCAGAUGGUCAGCACGUCGCACCAGAACGCGGAAUGGUACUUCAACCGUGACGUGGAGUGCAUCCGGCGGUUCUUCAGGCGGCGGUUCCGCUACGAGAGCAGUAUCUAUCCCCGUUUCCGCGCGGUCAAGUCCGAGAAGGGCGACGAUGGCUCGGAGGAAUGGCACCUCGACCUCGUGGUGUGCGCGAGCGGGUACGACAAGGGGGAACAUAAGGUGUUGGAAGAAUACAUGGACAACAUGCUGCGUGAGAAGGCAGACGCAGGAUCGGACGAGGAAGAGGCCGAAGGGAGCGGCGAAGGGGACGAGGACGAGGACGAUGAAGAAGGGGAAGAUGAAGAGGAGUUCAGCGAAGACGAAGAUGGACACGUUCUAGAUCGCGUCGAACGCCGAGGCAGAGGCAGUCGCGACGAGGAAGCGGGGAACUCAGGCCCCGAAGGCGGAGAUGCGCUACGCGUUCAUGAAUCUGGAGAACCACAACCACGGGAUACUUCGGUGCAUGUGCGCACACAUCCCGAAGGAGACGUGCAUGGUGUACCGAACGCUUCUGAUGGGGACGAGGAAGCCGACGGGGAUGGCCCAUCUUCCCGCGCAGAUUCACCGCGAUCUUCGGCACCCCGCUCGCCUUCGCCCUCUCUCGCGGACCGUACGGCUGCGAUGUCUCUGCAGUCUUCGCACAAGGCUUCGGCAUCUGGCGCGAAGGACAUCUCAGAGAAGGUUCAGACUGAGGUCGCGAAACGGCGUGCUCGGAACCAGCGCAAGUACCAUUCUAAGAAGGGCGCGCAGAGCCAGGGCGGCCGGCCCCGGGGAAGCAAGAGGAAGCAAGACACAAAAAUCAAGUUGGACGGCGGUGGGUUCUGGGACUAG